UGCCCCCCUGUACCUCACUGCCGGACGCAGAAGCAGCAGCAGCGAAGAAUCGCGAGGAGAUGGCGGCGGCGGCGGCGACGGCGCAGCCAGGGCUCGACGCGCGCGAGUGGGACGAGGCGGCGUACCGGCGUGGCAUCCUGCGGGAGCGCGACCUCUCCUGCCGCACCCUCUUCCGCGCCGUCUUCUACGACCAGCGCGACGAAGCCGACCCGGACGUCCUCCUCGCCGCCGCCUCCAGCGACGGCUCCCUCGCCUCCUUCUCGCUGUCCUCCUGCAUAUCCUCCUCCGCCUCCGCCCACGCCGCCCCCCAGCCGGCUGCCGCCGCGCUGGUCGACCCCGUCUGCAUCGUCCAAGCGCACAGCGGCCCCGUUUACGACGCCAAGUUCUACAAUGAUCCGAUUCAGCCGCUGCUCUUCAGCUGCGGGGAUGACGGCCACAUUCGGGGUUGGAGAUGGCACGAGAUGCAGAGCUGCCUUCUGCCACUCUCUCUGCAAGGGGAUCAUGUUGAACCAAUACUUGACUUGGUUAACCCUCAGCACGAAGGCCCUUGGGGUGCACGGUCUCCAAUACCAGAAAAUAAUGCCAUUGCAAUUAGCAAACAGGAUGGAUCUCUUUUUGCGGCAGCGGGUGAUGCAUGUGCUUAUUGCUGGGAUGUGGAAAGUGGCAAGUGUAAAAUGACCUUUAAGGGGCAUACUGACUAUUUGCAUAGUAUCGCAGUUCGUGAAGCGAACCACCAGGUGGUAACUGGAUCAGAGGAUGGAACAGCCCGUAUCUGGGAUUGCAGAAGUGGGAAGUGUACGCAGACGAUACGUCCAGUACAGAACAAGAAAUUUGAGGGCUCGUGGGUCGGCUGCAUUGCCAUUGAUGCGAGUGAAAGUUGGCUGGCUUGUGGUACUUCUAGUGGUAUAUCAGUUUGGAGUCUUCUUUCAAAUGAGUGCAUCUUUAACGCAGAUUGUGGUGCUCCUGUUCAAGAUCUGUUGUUUGACAAAAAUCAAAUUUUAGCGGUUGGCGCUGAACCUGCGCUCUCCCGUUUCACGAUCAACGGGGUUGUUGUUUCGCAAAUAAAGUGCGCUCCUCCAUCGGCAUUUUCCGUCUCCAUGCAUUCGUCCGGGAUGGCAGCUGUUGCUGGGCAUGGGGGUCUGGUGGAUGUCAUCUCUGGAUUCGGGAGCCAUCUCUGCGCGUUUCGUUGCCGUGGUCUGGAUAGGUAAUCAGUUACCGAGUGUUGAUGAAGCGUCUCUGCGCAAUUUCCGUUUGCCACUCCCACAUUAGUCAGUGGAGUGCGAAACUGUAUUUCUUUCCCCCCUCACUGUUGUAAUACUAGUUUCAGUUCAGUCUGCGGAAUGAUUUCCUGACAAGGAUAGAUUCUUUGUAAAUGUCCUUGUUAUAGAUAUUCUCCUGGAGCUUUUGAUACAACCCGUCUCAA